AUGUCACUUCUUGUAAAGUUUGAAUCCAAGUCUGCUAGGGUCAAAGGCAUCUCUUUCCAUCCCACAAGACCAUGGGUGCUCGCAUCACUCCAUAGUGGAGUAAUCCAACUAUGGGACUAUCGUAUGUGUGUAUUACUUGAUAAAUAUGAUGAGCACGAUGGACCUGUUCGUGGAAUUUGCUUCCAUCAGGAACAACCUAUUUUCGUGUCGGGAGGAGACGAUUACAAAAUUAAAGUAUGGAAUUAUAAGCAACGGAGGUGCAUUUUCACAUUACUUGGGCAUUUGGAUUACAUUAGGUCAACAUUUUUCCAUCAUAAAUACCCUUGGAUCAUUUCUGCUUCUGAUGAUCAGACUGUUCGAAUCUGGAACUGGCAGAGCAGAAACUCUAUUGCCAUUCUCACAGGACACAACCAUUAUGUUAUGUGUGCUCAGUUCCACCCAAGCGAAGAUCUUGUAGCAUCUGCUUCUCUAGAUCAGACUGUAAGAAUUUGGGACAUUUCUGGAUUAAGGAAGAAACAAAUGCCAGGAGGUGGGGCAGCCACUUCCAGACCAGGAGCUCCUGCAAGUCAAGCAGAUAUUUUCGGGCAACCCGACGUUGUUGUCAAGCAUGUAUUGGAAGGACACGAUCGAGGUGUUAACUGGGUUGCUUUCCAUCAUAGCAUGCCUAUCCUCGUAUCUGGAUCUGAUGAUCGUCAAUUGAAAAUGUGGAGAUAUAAUGAGACUAAGGCUUGGGAAGUAGAUAGUUGCCGUGGGCAUUACAACAACGUCUCUUCUGUUCUCUUCCAUCCAAAUGCUGAGCUCAUUUUGUCGAAUUCUGAAGACAAGUCGAUCCGUGUUUGGGAUAUGCACAAGAGAACCAGUCUUCAUGUCUUCAGGCAUGAAAAUGAACGCUUCUGGGUACUCUCCGCUCAUCCUUCUCUGAACAUGUUUGCUGCUGGACAUGACAAUGGAAUGAUUGUAUUCAAGAUUCAACGAGAGAGACCUGCAUACGCUGUUGCUGAUAAUCUUGCAUUCUAUGUGAAAGACAAGCAACUCCGCCGCCUUGAUUUAGCUACGAGUCAGGAUGUUGCUGUUUGUAAACUUCGUUCUGCAGCUGCAUUCAUGUUGCCAUAUUAUUCCCUGGCUUUCAACCCAGCUGAAAACAGUUUCUUACUGGUUAGCAGAUCUCAUAACAAGGACACAUGUGUUUAUGACUUAUAUAAGAUGUCCAAGGAUACUGACAGCAACAGUGAUGUUCCCAAUCAAAGAAACGCUGGUGUUGCUUCUGUUUGGGUUGCCAGAAACAGAUUUGCUGUCUUGGAUAAAAAUCAUCAGAUUUCACUUCGUGAUUUGGCUAACAAAGAAGUUCGUAAAAUCGACCUCAACAUCGCGGUUGAUGAUAUUUUCUAUGCUGGUACUGGACUUCUUCUUCUGAAAAACGAUGAAGGGCUUCAAUUAUUUGAUGUCCAACAGAAACGCGCUAUGGCUCAUGUUAAAGCCAGCAAGGUCAAGUAUGUCAUCUGGUCUCGUAACAUGGAAUAUGCUGCUCUUCUAUCUAAGCAUAAUCUUACGUUAGUUGAUCGUAAGUUGGAAAUUCUCUGCACCCAGCAAGAGUCGACAAGAAUCAAGAGCGGUGCUUGGGACGAAGACGGCGUGUUUUUAUAUACCACUAGCAAUCAUAUCAAGUAUGCUCUCUCAGCUGGAGAUGCUGGAAUCGUUAGAACUUUAGAUGUUCCUCUUUACAUUUUAGCUGUAAGGGCCGGAGUUUUGUACUGCUUGAAUAGGGAUGCAACUCCUGUAGAAGUACCAAUUGAUCCGACUGAGUACAAGUUCAAGCUUGCUCUCAUUAACCGACGAAUCGAUGAAGUUCUGAAUAUGGUCAAGAGCGCCAAUCUUGUCGGACAGUCUAUCAUCAGUUACUUAGAAAAGAAAGGCUAUCCCGAGAUCGCUUUGCACUUUGUGAAAGAUGAGAAGACCAGAUUUGGAUUAGCACUCGAAUGUGGAAAUCUGGAGGUAGCUCUCGAGGCGGCUAAGAUUGUUGAUGAAAAAAUGGUUUGGGAAGCUCUAGGAGAAGCAGCUUUAAUUCAAGGAAAUCAUCAAAUUGUGGAAAUGGCAUAUCAGCGUACCAAAGAUUUUGAAAAGCUAUCUUUCUUGUACCUCGUUACGGGUAACACCGAGAAACUUGCUAAGAUGAUGAAGAUUGCCCAAAUGAGAAACGAUGCUCAUGGACAUUAUCAGACAGCUUUGAUGCUCGGAGAUAUUGAUGAAAGAAUUAAAGUCCUGAAGAGUGUAGGACAGAACUCUCUAGCUUAUUUGACUGCUGCUACGCACGGCAUUACCAAUGAAGCUGAAGAGUUGGAAGCAGACUUGUUAGCUAAGGGAAAACCUUUGCCACCAGUUGAUCCGUCAGCUAGAUUCCUAGCACCACCACCACCUAUGUGCAAAUUGGAAGACAAUUGGCCUCAACUCGCUGUAUCAAGAGGACCAUUCGAUUUGCAUCUUCUUGGCAUCGGGAACACGUCUAAGGGUUCUACUUCUACUGCCACUAAGAAUCAUGCUGCAACAGCUUUCGCUUUGGCUGAUGAUGACAUCGAGAUUGACGCAGGAGAUGCCUGGGGAGACGGUGGAGAUUAUCUGGUCGAUGAAAAUGGAGAGAUCGAAGUUGACGAGAACGACCUUGCUGGAACAGUCGAAGAUGGUGGAUGGGAUGUUGAUGAAGACUUGGCCAUCCCUGACUUACCUGAUGAGAACAGAUCUGAAUCUAUCAUUCCUAAUCGCGGAGUUGCACCUUCCACUCAUUGGGGUAACAGUAGAUUAGUAGCUGAUCAUAUUGCUGCCGGUUCCUUUGAAUCUGCUGCUCGCUUAUUGAAGGAUCAAUUGGGAAUUAUCAAUCUUGAACCCUUCAGAAAUGUGUUCAUCGCUCGUUAUGCUUUAUCUCGAUGUGCUUUCGAAGCAUUGCCUGGUAGUGGAACUUCAUUCGCCUAUCCUCUGAGAAAUUGGCAGGAGGCUGUUGGAAAGAAUGGUCUUCCUGCUAUUAGCGUCAGACUCUCAGAUUUAGCCAGCAGAUUGCAACAAUGUUAUCAUUUAACAACCGCUGGAAAGUUUGCAGAAGUUAUCGUUAGGCUUAGAAAAAUUCUUCUUCUUGCUCCUCUCCUAGUUGUCAACUCGAAACAAGAGGUAGCCGAGGCUGAACAACUCAUCGAAAUCUGUCGCGAAUAUCUCGUAGGACUCCUAUUGGAAAGCGCUAGAAAAGACUUGCCUAAAACUGAUGCUCAGGGUGUUCUUAGAAACGCCGAGAUGGCUGCCUAUUUCACUCAUUGCAAUUUACAACCCGUUCACAGAAUCUUGACCCUUAGAUCGGCAGCUAAUGUGUUCUUCAAGCUGAAGCAAAUGAAAACGUGUGCAUCUUUAUGCCGUCGUCUUCUUGAACUUGGACCAAAGGCAGAUUUAGCUGAAACUGUGCGCAAAAUGCUGGCUGUCGCUGAACGUGACAAUAAUGAAGCUCACAAGCUGCAAUAUGAUGAACAUAAUCCAUUCGAUCUUUGUUCCCGCAAAUUUAUUCCCAUCUAUCGAGGAAAAUCGUUGUGUAAAUGUCCUUUCUGUGGAGCCUCGUAUACACCAGGUUGUGAGGGAUCUGUAUGUGAUGUCUGUGAAGUAAGCGAAAUUGGAAAAGAUGUAAUCGGCUUGAGAAUAUCGACUUUGCAAAAGUGA